AUGGCAUUCUACGGUUGGCCCAUCUCCCAGUGCCAGAACUCAUACGAAACCCUGGAGAGCCAAUUCAAUUCGGGCAUCAGGGUCAUAGACGUCCGUCUGUCCAUCAAAAACAACGAACUCAUGUUCUACCACGGCAUCCAGUCAGAACACGGCCGAUUCUCCGUGAUGUUGAACACCAUCCACGCGUUCCUGACGAAUCCUUCCACGUGUCGCGAGACCCUCGUUGUGAGCAUCAAGGAGGAGGACAAUAACCCCACCCUUUUCUCGCAGCUCGUUCUUCAGGAGAUCACGAAUUCCACUGGAGGGCUCGAUAUGUGGCACUUGGACGAGCGGAUUCCUACCCUGGGCGAGGUCAGAGGGAAAGCUGUUAUGUUUAGCCGCUUCGGCAACGGAACCGGGUGGGCCAAUGGGCUCAUGGGCAUCCACCCUACCACCUGGCCUGAUAGCGACAAGAGCGGCUUCAGCUGGAACUGUGGCGAUACCCUCGUCCGGACUGCGGAUUGGUUCGUGUACAACAUCAUCUCACUGUAUUCGAUACCCGAAAAGGUGAAGGGCUGCACGGAUCUGCUCUACCCGCCCCUCGACACGCCGUCUCCUGCGCUUAACAUCGUGUUCUUCUCGGCUUCCUCCUUCCCGCUCGCCCUGCCGCCCUCGGUCGCCCGCGGCCUCGGAUGGCCGCGCUGGCACCUAGGGUUUGAGGGCGUGAACCACCGGGUCAGUGACUGGCUUCUCGGCCUCCUGGGAGGUGAAGACGAAGACGAAGACCAGGGCGAGGGCGAGGAUUCUCUUGCAGACGCGGAUCUGGAUAAUGAGAAGACCGAGAAAUUUACCGAGAGCCAGCCACGCAUCAGGGGGUGGGCGAUGCUUGACUUUUUUAAUGAGCCCGUGAACCCUGGGCUCAUUCAGAUGUUCAUCGAGUGCAAUUUCCGUGGCAGGACGAGCGGGGAGGAAGGUUGGCCGUGA